AUGGGAAUCAAGUCUGGCCUCCCCAGAUAUGAGCUGUAUCUCUACACUGCUGUACUCUCUGGGGCCCUGGUAUGGGCUGCCAGUUGGAUAUUUCAGGCGUCAAGCGAGAAUGUAAGCAGAAAGGCAUUCAAAGAAAGUGUGAAACCGGGAUGGUACUACUUUGGCAGGAAAAUGGAUGUUGCAGACUUUGAAUGGGUGAUGUGGUUCUCGACAUUCCGCAAUCAUAUUCUUUUUGCUCUCACUGGUCAUGUGAUUUUUGCCAAGAUCUUCACCUUGCUGGCCCCAAAGCACAGAUCGCUCAUCUUCUGUGUGUAUGGUGGUCUGGCGGUCUUAAUCACGAUGGGCUGGACCUUCAUGGGUUUAGUUCUCUCACACUGCAUCAUACUGUACAGUGUGGCCCUGAUAAAAAUGAAAUGGAUGUGCUUUGCUGCAGGCCUGGCCACACUAGCAUCAAUUAAGCUGGAGCCAUAUAACGCCUGGCAGGAAACAUUGGUGACUGGCUCUUUUGAUCUGCAAGACAUUCUCUUUUACGGAGGUUGUGGCUUCACCAUCAUGCGCUGCAUGAGCUUUGCUUUGGAGAACUGUGAGAAGAAAGAUGGCAACUACACUUUCUGUGACAUGAUGAAGUAUAACUUCUACCUUCCCUUCUUCUUCUUUGGACCUGUCAUGACCUUUGACAAGUAUCACACCCAGGUAAACAACACCAUGCUGACCCGCAAGGAGAGGGAGAUGUGGAACAUCACUACCAAAGCCAUAUUGCACCUGGCAAUGAUUUUGAUGGUGGAUGCCUUUUUUCACUAUCUCUACAUCUUGACGAUCCCAAGUGACAUGAUGCUGGUAACCAAACUUUCUGACUGGUGUCUAGCUGGCCUAGCUUACUUCAACCUGGUGUAUGAUUGGUUAAAAGCAGCCGUGAUGUUUGGAGUUAUUAACACGGUAGCAACACUGGACCACCUAGACCCUCCUCAGCCUCCUAAGUGUAUCACAAUGCUAUAUGUCUUCGCUGAGACACACUUUGACAGAGGCAUCAAUGAUUGGCUAUGCAAGUAUGUUUAUGACUACAUUGGUGGAGCUCAUGAUCAAAUCUUCAAGGAGCUCAUGGCCACCAUUAGCACCUUUGCCAUCACCACCCUAUGGCUCGGUCCAUGUGAAUUGGUGUAUAUCUGGUCUUUUUUCAACUGCUUUGGACUGAACUUUGAACUAUGGGUAGCCAAGCUCUUCUCUAUUCCGCCAUUUUCUACCAUGGAGGGGUUUAUGGGGGAAGCCAUGUCACGCAGGAUCCGGGGUCUGUUCAAUGCUGCUAAUUUCUGGGCCAUCGUCCUCUACAACGUUCUUUCCCUGAACAGUUUGGAAUUUGCUAAACUGGUUGGAAGAAGAUUGAUUUUCAAAGGUUUUCCCAUCUCCACCAUCUCUGUUCUUUUGGUGACCUACUGUGGCGUACAGCUGAUCAAAGAGCAUGAAAGACAGGACGCACUACUAGAGGAUGUGCAGCCAGUCAAACCACUAGAUGGUGGCAAAGAAAAGGCAGAAUAG